ACGCGGUCUUAAAUUCAGCGACGCUGAUGUGUCGUAGGCAGCGAUCACCCCGAAACGAAUCGAGUAAGACCAAACCGACUACACCAGUCAACCAAAAGCAUUAACCCCUCUUCCCUCCUCUUUCCCCCACUCUCUCUCCCUCUCUCUCUUCACUCUUCAAAACACCCACCGCCGCCAAUGAUUCCUCCUCCACCUCCUCCGCCACUGUAUUAAUACUCAUAAAAAUGGUCGUUGCAUCCCCAUCUCCUGCACCCGCCCCCACUCUUUCCACCCUCUUCAUCACCACCUCACUCCAUGCAUCAUCCCCGCCGUCCAAGUACCCCAUCGACUUCUCCCCGCCCUUAAUCGCCAUGGUCGUGGUCGUCGCCACCGCCUUCCUUAUUGUCACUUACUCCCGCCUCAUCUCCCGCCACGUCAUCCCGCCAAUCCUCCGCCUCCAACGACGCUGGCACCACCGCCGUCGCCGCUCCUACCUCCCAUCAUCCAUCGGUGACAUCGACUCCCCGCCCUACGACUCGUCGCUCGACCCCGCCGACAUCGGCUUCCACGUGUUCUCCCCCUACGGCCUCGACGAGUCGGUGAUCAAAACAAUCCCCCUCUCUCUAUACACAUCAAAACAAUCCCUCCUCAGCCGUGACUGCGCCGUUUGCCUGAUCGACUUCCAAAACGACGACUACGUUCGAACGCUGCCGGUCUGCUCGCACGUGUUCCACGUUGACUGCAUCGACAUGUGGCUGCGAUCUCACGCCAACUGUCCUCUCUGCCGGGCCGGAAUAUUCCGUCCGGAAUCUCCAUUCGUUCCGUUGAUGGCCGCAAGGAUCAGGCCCAGCCUCGACGACACUGUUUUCCGGAGCAUCGCGCUCGAGCCUCUUGCCGAAGCUACGGCGCCGUGUGAUUCCGAUUUUUUAGUCACCGAGAUCGAGAGGUGCGCGGAGGAGCGAUCGCCGAGGAGGAGCUCCAACUACUGGGAGGAUUACCGGAUCAACGGCGGAGAUUUUGUUUUAAAGAGGUCGCACUCGUUCGGAUUCGAGCGGAGCUCGGCGUCGGCGGAGAGGAUGAUGGUGACGGAGCCUGCGACGGCAUCACCGUGGCGGUACCGGAGAGGAAGCUUCUGGAGCAAGCGGCCGUCGCCGUUCGGGUCGUUGACGAAGCCUCGAGUCUUCUCCUUCAGAUCAUCCUACAGAGGCGGCGUCAGCAUGAAAUCGCCGUUCUUCCGCCGAAAAGGCUUCUUCCCGCUGUCAGAGUCGAGCGCGAGAUUCUCCGGCGCCGGAACCGGUGGAUAUUCGCGGCGUAGCAAGUCGAUGACAAGUCCGAUGUUCGGAAGAUCAUCGGGGUUAUCGGCUUUCUCAUCGAGCCGGCUAAGGUGCGGAGAUCCGGAGGCGCUGUUGUCGCCGGAGAGGUUUAACAGGAGAUAGGAACGAAGGAAGCGAGGUUAAAUUCCGGAUCGACACGUGGAGGGUGGUGAUGGAGCGAGGGCGGGGUGGAUCGGACGGUGGGAGAUGGGUGGAGGCAAAGGGGGGAGGAGAGUUAAUGAGGGCUGGUGCGGUCAUUAACUAGGGGGGGGCUGCUGAGACGGCAUUUAAUGCCCAGAAUUGACGAGAGAGAGGAAGAGCAAGAAAAAACACACAAAUCAAAACUGGGGUUUUAAUUUUAUGGAGAGAGAGAAGAGAGAGGAUCAUAAAUGUGGAGAAAUUUAAUGGGUUUUGGCGCCAUUUAUUUAUUUAGGGGGAAAGAUUGGGUUAGCCUUUAAAUAUAGGGCUGCUUAUGUAGAGCAAACCGACCGACAACCAUACAAUUUAGAGCAUGUGGGAAGGAGUUGACAAAUCACUUGUGCAUGUGAACUAUACAACAGGGGUAGGCGUAGCUAGGGUUAUCCAGUUACGGCUUAGGGUUUAGAGUUUAAGGUUUAGGGAGAAACUUGUCUGUCUUGGUUUUACCAUCACAAAAUUUUGAAGAGAUGGAAAGUGCGGAGAGGGGGAGGAUGUGAAGUGCAAUGCGGGUGGAGUUGAGGCUUUGAGUGCUUGUCCUUGUCAUUCUUUUUAUCUUCCUUGACUUUGGAAGACAUGGAUGUGUGGUCGUUGUUGCAUUGCGGUAUUGCGCAUUGGGCAAAGUCAAAGCUAAGUGGGUCAAAUUGGAAUUUGGGUGGUUUCCAAUUACUUGGGAGGCAUGCUUAGGGUUUUGAGAAGGGAAAAGAAUGUUACAUGUCAUUUUUGGUGUUUUACUUACGUGUCUUGUGUAAUAUUAUUGUAGCAUUUGUCAGAUGAAUUUAUGUUACCUUUGUUUUGCUCUUAUUGAAAGAGAAGUAAUUCCAUUUUGAUGCAUGGAUUCGAUUA